AGAAUAUAUACACAAAUUCUAAAAGCUUUCAAUUCACCAUCUACUAAAUAAUGCUAUAACAGUAUACCAAUCAAUUCGAAAAUUUAAAACCCUCUCUCUCUCUCUCUCUCUCUGCGCUUCAAUCAUGGCCAGCAGUGGUGGCGGUGUUGGAGGAGAAGAUGAACUGAAGCAGUUAGCUGAACUCAGCAAAACCCUAAAAGAAGGAGAAAGAAUUCUUGCGCCCACUCGAAGACCAGACGGUACUAUGCGAAAACCCAUUCGAAUUAGGGCAGGCUACGUCCCUCAAGAUGAAGUCGCCAUAUACCAAUCAAAAGGUGCCCUGUGGAGGAGAGAAAUGGCGUCUUUGCAGCAGUGUCCGCCUGGGUAUGACCCCGUGUUGGAUGCCAAGCCUAAGACCAAGUCUGUGAAGAGGAAUGAGAGAAAGAAGGAGAAGAGACUACAGCAGGCUGCUCUUGAGAAGGGUAAGAACUCGGAGUCACAGGCAGAUGGAGAGAUUAAAAGGGAAGAAGUGUCUUCUCUUGAAGAUUUAAAUCAUGGAUCGGAAUCUAUUGAAUCAGUGGCAUCACAGAUGAUGGAGCUAUCUGUUUCUACAAAUUCUACAGUAGUUACCCUUGCCUCAAAUCCAGCAGAGGUGUUAAAUCAAGAGGGUGCUGUCCUAGAUAUUGAAAAAAGAAUUCGAGCAUUAAAGAAGAAGAUACGUCUUACUGAAGCUCAGCAGCAGAAAACUGUACAGCAAGACAUGAAGCCUGAGCAAGUAGAUAGGGUUGUAAAAUUGGAAGGUUGGCGGACUGAGCUAAAGCUUUUGGAGGAUAAAAGCGCUGGAUUGGCAGCAUCAUAAGCUGAGGUUUGUGUUAGGGAAUAACUCACAGUUUUUAUUUAUGGUUGUUUCCGGACAAUGUAAACAAGCAUUUGGGAACAGUGGUUUAACCAUCCAUCCAGCUUCUGUUUUGAUCAACCAGUUGUGGUAGGUAUGUCGUUAUUCUAAUAUUUUUCAUCAGUGUGGCGUUGGACAUCGCAUGGGAUAAAAGUCUCCCAUGUCAUGCACAUAAUUUUAACUGUUGUGGAGUGAGGGGCAACACUAGAACAGCCAUCAGCUGAUUAAAAUUCAGGGUAAAAACUCCAAUCCGGUUGUCAUGGAGUCCAAACGUUGAACCUGUGCCCAUUAAGUUUUACUGAUCAGCCCAACUUUAUUUGUUUACUUUUCCAUGUGACUUCAUUCAAGAUGUAUUGUAUGGUCACGACUCUUCUACUAUCCUAGUAAUAGUUUCUGUGCAUUGUACACUUUAAGAUUUUGACAUGUAGUACAUAAAAGGUCACCUUUAAAAUGGUCCUUGCAUAAUUUCGUUCA